GCAAGCGCCUGGCUGGCCGGGUUCAGUCUUCUUUCGAGCGUCGCAGCGAGCACAUCGAUCUCCAGUCCACCACAUCGUGCUUCGAUUCACUUCGAGCCACUUGUAAUCCGAUCCGAUCCGACCCGAGACGAACCGUUUUCCCCGCUGCAAUCGCGUUCGCGAGUGACGUGUCUGCUACAUACAAUUUUAAACUCUUUAAUUGAGGAGACUCCCAAACACUCGAGGCAAGAUGACGGUGGAUCUUUCGCCCGUGCAAGAGUACUACAAGGACAAGACGAUCUUCAUUACGGGGGCGUCGGGUUUCAUGGGAAAGGUGCUGCUGGAAAAGCUGCUCUACUCCUGUCACUCCCUAAAGGAGGUGAUCAUCAUCUGCCGGCCGAAGCGCGGCAAGACCCCGGAGACGCGUCUGGAGGAGAUGUUCAAGCUGCCCAUUUUCCAGCGCAUUAGGGACGAAAGGCCGCACAUGCUCAAGAAGGUGUCCAUCUACCAGGGCGACGUGACCUUCGAUUUGCUGGGCCUAAGUGGCGAGAGCCUGAAGCACGUUACUGAGAACACCAAUAUAGUGUUCCACAUGGCGGCCACUCUCAAGCUGGAGGGCAAUCUGCGCGAUGCCAUCGACAUGAACCUGCUGGGCACCCGGCGCGCCCUCGACGUGGCCAAGCAGAUGAAGCAGCUGGAGGCCUUCAUCCACUUGUCCACAGCAUUCUGCAACUGCGACCAGGAGGUUAUGUACGAGAAGGUGUACGAGUUCCCACACAAGCCCGAGGACCUGAUGCGCCUCGCCGAGUGGAUGGAUGUGAAGACCCUAGACGCCAUCACCCCCGACCUACUGAAGCCGCACCCCAACACCUACACCUACUCGAAGCGCCUGGCCGAGAUCCUGGUGCGCGACCACUACGAGUCCAUGCCGGUGAUCAUUGCCCGUCCCAGCAUCGUGACGCCUGCUCUGGCUGAGCCCUUGCCGGGCUGGGUGGACAACAUGAACGGUCCCACGGGCGUCCUCAUUGGGGCCGGCAAAGGAGUCAUUCGGUCGAUGAUCUGCAAUGGCGAGCUCAAGUCCGAAGUCAUUCCGGUGGAUAUCGCCAUCAACGGACUUAUCCUGCUCCCGCAUCACAACAGCCUCACAAAAACGAGGCCCCUCCAGAUUCCUGUCUACAACUUGACUGUGGAGGACGAAAAGAAACGCACUUGGAAGUGGGUAAUGGAUGUGGGCCGUGACUUGGGAUUGAAGUACCCAUUUGAGGUGGGUCUGUGGUAUCCCGAUGGGAAUAUGACCUCGAGCAAGCUGUACCACACUUUUUGCUCCGUAAUGUUUAUGUGGCUGCCGGCGUACUUCAUCGACUUCCUGCUUCUGAUAUUUGGUCAGCGUCGCUUCAUGAUCAGGGUGCAAACAAAGAUCGCAGUAGGUCUGGAGGUCCUGCAGUUUUUCACAACCCGGAGUUGGGACUUCAAAUCCACGCACUUUAAGCAAAUUUACAAGGAAUUGGAUGCCACAGAUCGAAAGAUCUUUAAGAUCAACACUGACGAUGUGGACGACUAUGAGUAUAUGAAGGUUAGCAUCUUGGGGGGCCGUCAGUAUGUAAUGAAGGAGCCUCUGACCUCAUUGCCCAAGUCCCGCAUACAGUUAAGAUUCAUGUACGUCCUGGACCGCAUUAGCAAAACCCUCAUCCUUUCGGGUCUCCUGUACUGGAUCUCCGUCAAGCUGGGAAUCCUCGAUAUAGUCAGAAACGGAUUGCUACCUAGCCAUUAAGAUCGAGCCAGUCAAGUAAAAGCGCAUUUUUUCAUCGUAUCAUCAUGUUUUUAAGGCUAAAUGUACCUUAAUUGUAAAUCAGGUCAAAAUUAUUCAGGUGUUUUGUAUACGUUAUUUUAAUCGUUUUUUACUAACCCAUAAAUAAAAAAUGUUUUAAUUUGUGUUCGAA